CUACUAUCAUCUUCAACACCCACCUCCGAUCAAAUACUCACCGGAGUUUCCAUUAUUCCGGUGACGAUGUCAGGAAUUGUGGUGAUUUUCGACUUCGACAAGACAAUCAUUGAUGUCGACAGCGACAAUUGGGUGGUGGACGAAUUAGGUGCUACUGAUCUCUUCAACGAACUCCUCCCCACCAUGCCCUGGAACUCUCUCAUGGCUAGGAUGAUGGAAGAGUUGCAUCUACAAGGUAAAACCAUUGAAGACAUUAAACAAGUAUUACACCAUGUUCCUAUUCAUCCUCGGGUUGUUCCUGCCAUUAAAGCAGCUUAUGCAUUAGGAUGUGAUUUACGAGUAGUAAGUGAUGCGAACACGUUCUUUAUCGAAACUAUACUGAAACAUCUUGGAAUACGAGAAUGUUUCUCGGAGAUCAACACCAAUCCAGGUUUUGUGGACGAUGAAGGCAAGUUAAGGAUUUUGCCUUUCCAUGAUCAUGGUUGCAACCUCUGUCCUCCCAACAUGUGCAAGGGUAAAAUAAUAGAAAGGAUUCAAGGUGAAGGAAAGAAAAGGAUGAUAUAUUUGGGUGAUGGGGCAGGUGAUUUUUGCCCGAGUACGAAGCUUGUAGAAGGAGAUUACAUGAUGCCAAGGAAAGAUUUUCCGGUUUGGAAGCUUAUUUGUGAAAGUCGAGAUCUUGUUAAGGCUGAUGUUCGUGAAUGGAAUGAUGGGGAAGACAUGGAGUGCAUCCUUUUGCAACUUAUGGCUUCCAUGAUUUCGAUUAAAGAGAUGGAGAAUUGUGUUGAUAAUAAUGAUACUAAUCAAUUGUUAGAUUGCAAGCUUGAGAGAAUUGCUCUUGGAGCCCUUGCUUGAGUAUAUUUGAUAUUUCAUAUGGACAUAUUAGGACGUAUUGGAGUUGUCAAUUCAACAUAGGUUAAAGAUAUUCUAACUUUCUGAAUAGGUUUUAUAUUUUUAUCAUAUUCUAGUUGUAGUUUGUUUUGGUUAUUUGAUAAUUUAAGUAAGAUGAGUAUCACACAUAUAUUUUCUUCCA